AUGCGGGCCGUCGCCCCCCCGUUCGGGAACCGGGGCCAGGCCCGGGCCGCGCCGGCAGUUCGUGACGUAAGGGCGCCCGUGCCCGUCCCGGGACGACCAGGCGGGCCGUCGCCCGCGCCCGUCCCGGGACGCCAGUCGGGUCCGUCCGCCCGCCGUACCCCGGGAGCCUGCCAGGGCGUCCGCCCGCCCCGUCCCGACGCCUGGCGGGCCGUCGCCCCACCCCGUCCCCGGGACGCCAGGCGGGCCGUCGCCCGCCCGUCCCGGGGACGCCUGCGGGUCCGUCGUUCCCGCUUCCCCAGGCCGGCCGCCGCCCGCCCCCCCCGUCCCGGGGAGCCAGGCGGGCCGUCUCCCGCCCCCCCAGUCCGUCCCGACAGCCGUCGGCCCGCCCCCGUCCCGACUGCCAGGGGGCCGUCGUCCCGGGACGUCCGGGAAGCCUGGCGGGCCGUCGCCCGCCCGUCCCCGGGACGCCUGGCGGGCCAGUCGCCCGCCCGUCCCAGACCGCUGGCGCCGUCGCCCGCCCGUCCUGGGACGCCUGGCGGGCCCGUCCGCCCCCCGUACCCGGGACGCCAGGCGGGCCGGUCGCCCACGCACGUCCCCCCCGGCGGACGCCCAUUGGCGGGCCGUGCCCGCCCGUCACCCGAUCCCAAUCCCCCCCGGGCCCAGGCGUCCGGGUCGCCCGCCCUCCCGGACGCCUGGCGCGCCGUCCCGCCCCGGGCCGUCCCCGGGACGCCUGCGGGGCCGUCGCCAAUCCCCCGUCAGACCCCCCCCGCCCAGGCGGGCCGUCGCCCGCGUCCCGGGACGCCAGGCGGGCCGUCGCCCGCCCGUCCCGUGACUGCCUGGCGGGCCGCGCCCCCAGCAAAGUCCCGGGACGACUGCGGGCCGUCGCCCUCCCGGACCCGUCCCGGGACGCCUCGCGGGUCCGGGUCGCCCACGCCCGUCCCGGGACGCCCUGGCAGGGCCGUCGCCCGCCCAAAAAGUAAACCGGGACGCCAGGCGGCCGUCGCCCGCCCAAAACAACCGUCCGGGACGAACCAGGCGGGCCGUCGCCCGCCCGUCCCGGGAGCAGCCUGGCGGCCGUCGCCCUCCCGCCCGUCGGGCCGGACGCCCUGGCGCCGUCGGCCCGCCCGUCCCGGGCCGCCUGGCGGGCCGCGCCCCCCCGGUCGACCCCCCCCCCCCAGCCCGCCUCCCCGGGCCCGCGCCCGUCCUCCCGGGACGCCUGGCGGGCCGUCCGCCCGCCCACCGUCGGGACCGCAGGCGGGCCGUCCGCCCGGGACCCAUCCCGACCGCCCUGGCCCGGCCCGCCGUCGCCCACGCCCGGCCGUGGCCCGGGACCGCCUGGCGGGCCGUCCGCCCCCCCCUCCCGGGACCCGCCUGGCGUCGCCCCCCCGUUCCCACACCCGGGACCGGCCCAAGGCGGUGGCCGGGGGUCCGCCCGGCCGUCCCGGGACGCCUGGCGGGCCGUCCGCCCUCCCGGUCCCGGGACGCCCUGGCGGGCCGCGCCCCCCCCGUCCCGGGCGCCAGGCGCCGUCCCCCCCGUUCCCGGGACGCCAGGCGGGCCGUCGGCCCCCCGUCCCGGGAACCGGCCCUGGCGCCCGCCGCCCGCCCGCCCGGUGGACCGCCUGGCCCGGGCCCGUCGCCCCCCCCUUCCCGGGACGCCAUGGCGGGCCGUCGCUCCCCCGUUCCCGGGACGCCAGGCCGGCCGUCCCCCGCCCGCCCGUGGGACGCCAGGGCCGGGCCGUCGGCGCGCCGUCCCGACGCCUCGCGGGCCGUCGCCCCCCGCCCGGGACGCCUGGCGGGCCGUCGCCCGAAACGGUAACCGGGACGCCAGGGCCGGGCCGUUCGCCCGCCGUCCCGGGAACGCCAGCGGGCCCGUCCGCGCCCGUUCCCGGGACGGCCAGGGCGGGGCCCCCCCCCGUCGCCCGCCCGUCUCGGAACCCAGCGGGCCCGCCGCCCGCCCGUCCCGGGACGCCUGGGCGGGCCGUCCCCGCCCGCCCGUGGGACGCCAGGCGGGUCCGGCCCCGCCCGGUCCCGGGACGACGGCGGGCCGUCGCCCGCCCGUCCCGGGACCCAGCCGGGCGGUUCGCCCGCCGUCCCCGGGAGCCAGGCGGGCCGUCGGCCCGCCUUCCCCGGACGCCUGGCGGGCCGUCGCCCGCCCGUCCCGGGACGCCCUUGGCGGGCCGUCCCCCCACCGUCCCGGGACGCCAGGGGCGGGCCGUCGCUCCCCCCGUCCCGGGACGCCGGCGGGGCCCGUCCCCGCCCGUCCCAAAAACGCCUGGCCAACCCCCCCCCCCGGGGGCCCGUUCGCCCCGCCCGUCCCGGGACCCAAGGCGGCCCGUCGCCCGCCCUCCCGGCCCGGCCCAGGGCGGGCCGUCGCCCGCCCCCGGGACGGGACAAGGCGGGCCGUCGCCCGCCCGCCCUGGACCCAGGCGGGGAGGCUUCCGCCCGCCCCCCGUCCCGGGACGGCCUGGCGGGCCGUCGCCCGCCCGUCCCGGGGCGCCCUGGCGGGCCGUCGCCCCCCCUUUCCCCGGGCCCGGUCCAGGGCGGCCUUCGCUCCCCCCCUCCCGGGACGCCAGGCCGGGCCGUCCCUCUCACCGUGGCGGGCCGGGUGUCGCCCGCCCCGUCCCGGGACCGCCAGGCGGGCCGUCGCCCGCCCGGGUCCCGGACCCGGCCGGGCCGGUCGCGUCCCGGGACGCCAGGCGGGCCCGUCGCCCGCCCGUCCCGGGACCGCCAAGGCGGGCCGUCGCCCGCCCGUCCCGGGACCCUGGCGGCCGUCCCCGCCCGUCCCGGGACGCCUGGCGGGUCGCCCGCCCCCCGGCCCGGGACGCCUGGCGGGCCCGUCGCCCGCCCUUCCGGGACGCCCUGGCGGGCCGUCGCCCGCUCCGCCCGGACGCCAGGCGGGCCAUCGCCCCCCGUCCCGGGACGGCCUGCGGGCCUCGCCCGCCCUUCCCGGGACGCCUGGCGGGCCGUCGCCCCGCCCGUCCCGACGCCUGGCGGGCCCGUCGCCCCCCGUCCCGGACGCCUGGCGGGGCCGUCCCGCCCCCCCCACCCGUGGACGCCAGGCCCGGGCCGUGCCCGCCCCUCCCGGGACGCCAGGCGGGCCGUCGCCCGCCCAAGUCCCGGGACGCCUGGCGGCCGCCCCGCCCCCCGUCCCCGGACCCGCCUGGCGGGCCCGCGCCCCCCCGUCCCGGGACGCCAGGCGGGCCGUCGUUCCCCCCCCGUCCCGGGACUCCAGGCCGGGCCGCGCCCGCCCUUCCCAAAACGCCCCCUGGGGCGGGCCGGGUCGCCCGCUCCGUCCCGGGACGGCCGGCGGGCCGUCGCCCCCGCCCUCCCGGACGCCGCGUGCCGUCCGCCCGCCCGUCCCGGGACUCCAGGCGGGCCGUCGCCCGCCCGUCCCCGAACGCCAGGCGGGCCCGUCCCCCGCCCGCCCGGGACGCCUGGCGGGCCGUCGCCCGCCCGUCCCGGGAACCCUGGCGGGCCGUUUUCGCCCCCCCCGUCCCCGGACCGCCAGGCCGGGCCGUCGCUUUCCCCCCGUCCCGGGACGCCAGGCGGGCCCGGCGCCCUUCGCCCGUCCCAAAACGCCUGGCCGGGCCGUUAGCCCGCCCGGUCCCGGGCGCCAGGCGGGCCGUCGCCCGCCCUCCCGGGACCCCUGCGGGCCGUCGCCCCCGCCCGUCCCGGGGACGCCUGGCGGGGCGCCCCGCCCGCCCUUCCCGGGACGCCUGGCGGGCCCGUCCGCCCCCCGUUCCCCGGGACGCCAGGCGGGCCGUCGCCCGCGGCCGGUCCCGGGACGCCAGGCGGGCCGUCGCCCGCCCCGUCCCGGAACGCCAGGCGGGCCUGCCGUCGCCCGUUUCCCGGGACGCCCGGGGGCCGGAACCCGCCCGCCGGCCCGUCCGGGACGCCAGGGCGGGCCCGUCGCCCGCCCGUCCCGGGACCCAGGCGGGCCUCGCCCCGCCCGUCCCGACGCCAGGCGGCCCGUCCGCCCGCGCCGUCCCGGGACGGCCUUGGGCGGGCCGGUCCGCCCGCCGUCCCAGGACGCCCAGGCGGGGGGUCGCCCUCCCGUCCCGGGACGCCUGGCGGUCGGUCGCCCGCCCGUCCCGGGACGCCAGGCGGGCCCGUCGCCCGCCCUCCCAGCCGUCGGGCCGCGGCCCCCCGGCCCCCCUUUCGCCCUCCCGGGAGACCCAGGUCCGUCGCCCGCGCCUUCCCCGGGACCCUGCCGGGCCGUCCCCCGCCUUCCAGGACGCCCAGGCGGGCCGUCGCCCGCCCGUGGGAACGCCUGGCGGGCCUCGCCCGCCCUUCCUGGGACCCCUCCGGGAGGGCCGUCGCCCGCCCGCCCCGGACCCGGGCCUCCUGGCGGGCCGUCGCCUGCCCCUCCCGGACGCCUGGCGGGCAGUCCCGCCGCCCCCGUCCCCGGGACGCCUGGGAGGGCCCGUCGCCCCGCCCGUCCCGGGACGCCGGCGGGCCCGUUGCCCGCCCGCCCGGGACGGCCCUUGGCGGGCCGUCGCCCGCCCUUCCCGGGGACGCCUGGCUCCGUCGCCCGCCCGUCCCGGGACGCCUGGCGGGCCCGUUGCCCCCCGUCCCUGGGACGCUCGGGGGCCGUCGCCCAAACCUCCCUUCCCGGGGCCGCCUGGCGGGCCCUUCCCCCCCGCCCGUGGGACGCCUGGCGGGCCGCGCCCGCCCUCCCGGGACCCCUGGCGGGCCUUCGCCCGCCCCCGUCCCGGGACGCCCUGGCGGGCCUCGCCCGCCCGUCCGGGAACGCCUGGCGGGCCGUCGCCCCCCGUCCGGCCCGGGCUCCGGGCCGUCCGCCCGCCCACCCCCCGGGACAGCGGGCCUGCCCCGCCCCGUUUCCCGGGACGCCAGGCGGCCCUUUUUGCCCGCCCUCUAUGA